CAAACCUAACCUUACCACGAUAUCUAGCUCUGAAACCAACUUUAAUCGGUUUCUUGUAGUAAAUUUAAGUUAUAUACCGAACCUGAGUUCUCAAUUUUGGUGAGGCUAUUCGAAAACACAGCUUUUUAUUCUUUCGGAUAUCAAUUUACGUGAUCGGGAACUCAUCGAGCGUUGUUUGCAAAUUGAAAUUGUACGGUUGUUUGCGAUUGGAUCGAGCAGCAUUUUCAUUUGUUCAGUUAUUAAACAAAUAACGCGCGAUUCCGUUGGUCUGUUCGCGUAUCAUUCAGCUGGUAAACACUGAGACAGUCGUUGAGAAUUAUGAACGUUUAAAUUUCGAAAACGAGCCGUCAACCUUUAUCGCGACAGCGUCGCGACGUCUCAGGUUUUGUUUCCAGAACGGGACGCUCGAUCGCUUUGUUAUUUCUGGUGAUUUUCUCCUCGGAUACGUUUUAUUUCCAGACGGAUCGUCGCUUACACUUGCAACACGCUAAAAUUGCACCGCUGCUUAACCUUCCACGCGAAUCUCGCUUCCGAUCGAUCUUCCACGACCUUUAACUGUUACCAGCGAAUUUUAGCCGCGCCUCUCAACAGAUCCUUGGUCGCAGCGUUGUCAUUUUGAUUGAUUUAAAGCGGCAUGUUUAAUGGAACGUAGCCUGAACCUCGUCUUUAGAUGUUCUUUUCUUGGAAUAAUUAAAAAGUUUAGUUUAUCCGAGGUGUUCCGGCUUGAUAGGGCGAAAGAAGUUGGUCAACGAGUUGGAAGUGAAUACUAAGCAGCACGAAGAAACGAGAGCUUUGCUGCUUUUGUUGAAGCGGUAGCGUUUUAACGUGCGAACACGGGCACACCUAUACACCUAUACCUUUCCUUACGAAUAAAAAUUGAAUUCGUAAGAUUCUGCUUCCUUAGAAGUAGAAAUACUCUUUCGUCUGCUUUCAAACAGCAAUUUAUUUCUUCCUCGCGACUCGUUUUAACGCUCAAUUACUCUCAAUAUUCCUUUAGAAAGAAAAAAAAGCUUUUCAAUACUUCGGAGUAGAAAUUGAGCGUUCAAUGAAUUCUAAGAGACCGAAUCCUUGUUGAUCAUAAAUGCUGUAUGUCAGAACGUCCAGCUAGGAUGAAAGUUUUCAGAGACUUCGAUGCUUAAGAUUCGAACAAAGCAGCCGGAAGUGAAACGCCUGAUCUUUCUCGUAACAAUUUCAGACAUCCCAUACAUAUCAUAAAUGUCUGAUGAAACUUAUAAUGAAUGACUGUAAAAUACCCUCGCAAUCUCAAUCAACAAGUUGAAAUUGUGUCGAAACUGAAGGCAAACGUGUCGCGGUGAUAACGUUAUCCACAAAGAAUUAUUAUAUAACAUUAUCUUGACACGACAUGCGUCUUGAGUAGACGUAAUCCAUUCUAAUCUACUUAAGCUGUUAAAAUGGAAAUAGAUGUCGUUUCCAUUCAGCCGAAUCGCUUCUGUCUAAACGAGUUUUAUUUUAUUUCAAUUCCCUUCCAUUUACCCGUUCGAUCGUUAGUUAUCGUAUCGAAAAAGUUAUAAAGAAUGUCUGUAUGAUUUUCAUAAAGAAAAAGAGUUUCAACUGAAAUUUGCACAGUUUGAAUGGGCAGACGCUAAUCCCUGGGCAUCGAAUUAGGACCACUACAAAUUUUCAGCAUUUUUCACGUUAUCCGUAAAAUUAAAAGGCCUGUUCAAAUCGUAAUGAUAUAAUUUAUUAGCUACUAACAUAAUACACUACUACUGUACAAUAUCAAACAUACUGUCCGUUCGUCUAGUGUAUUUGGUAACUUCAAAUAAAUUAUUGAAAUUCUAAAUAAUUAUAUAGUGUGGGACUCAUAUCCGUCCAGAAGGGACAAGGCCCUUAGGGCCUGAGGCUUCACUCUCCCAGUUGACUCCGUUUUGCGUUGUUACCUUUUUUGUGCAGAGAUUUGCACGGAACUGGACGUUAGCAUGCAGUCAUCAUUGGUAUCAUUGGAAAGAACACGUUUUGAAGUUGUGUAAAAAUUCUUGAUUUUUCAAUUCCUAUGGCUAGAUUUUGAAAUAAUCUCAAAACCGAUUUAGGUGUGUUUUGCUACCUUAACAGCUAAAACAAAACUUUUGUGCGAAAAUGGUUGAGAAAAAAAAGGAAAAAAUAUUGACUGUUCCAAAUCUGGAGUUUAGCCUCCUUACUCUAGGUGUUCUAGUUUUAUUUUCAUCACAAUAGUAACAAAUCUAUUGCUAUGGUAAUACCUGGUUAUCGAUGUAUUUAGUAAUAAUUUAAACGACCCAAGACAAUUUUCAUAUAUGACAUACUAUUAUAGCCAUAAAAGUGAAAUUUUCGUACGUGGUCCUAAUUUCGUUGGCCAGGGUUGAUAACAUUUUUCGAUAAUGAUGAUCCUUUUUUUUUUUUUGCCGUCAAAAAGAACGAAAUUACUUUGGUCUCAUGUCGAAAAUAGGUAAAAUUCCGAUGGAUUGCUCGUGAUGAAAAAAUAUGCAAAGCAAUGAUUGCGAUCGUUUCAGUCCGUUGAAAGCAUUCGCCUUUUCGGAUAACCGAACCGUGAAUAUUAGCCGAGAUACGAAUAUUCGUUCUCUCCAAUUUUAUUCGUGUUUUUUUUUUAUCAUGAUGAACCAAUAGGUCAAGCUCCUAUUAUUCUAGACCCGGCUGAUCAUUGAAAUUGACAAAAUUGUCGCAGCCGAAAAAAUGAAAAGGAACAGAGAGUUUAUUCAAAUACAAAGUGCUUCGAUGUUGAAUACGAUGCUCUUUUUGAAUAACCCGGUAGGUUGAAACGGCUCGUAAAGCGAUCGUUCAUUCCUGCUUUCUAGAUCGUGAAGCAGCGAAAAUUCGCUAGAGAAUCACGGAUCAAACGAUUCGCAGAUUCACUGAUUUACGAAAAGACUUUGCUCGGGUUCGAGCACGAAAUGGGAACAUUUAUUGCCUCUGGUCACGGUUUAACGACUUGCUUGUCGCGAAAUUAACGAAAACAAAUCGAAAGCUCUCUUCUUCGCAGUCUAUCUCCUUUUACUGGAAAAUAUUUACAAGUUCAAGCGAAACUCCCUUUGGAAAGCAAGCAACCGUAAGAAAAUAAGCUAAAUUGAAGGUUUAAAAAUAAAUUUAUAAAACUCGUUCUAUAGACAGACUCGAGAGCUCGUUUUCAAUUUACCUUUUGAAAAGUUUCGCCCGUAAGCGAAACGUGUAUCUACAUACUCGCUAUAUUAUACAAUAUUUAUCAGCGUUGUUGAGGUAAAAGCGUUUAGAUAACGCACUGUUCAAAUAGUCAAGUACUUGUACAAUAGAAACAGUAACAAUACAGGUCUCAGCGAACUGGUGUUUCCUAAUUGAAUCAAAUUGAAUUUUCGCAAUUUUGACCCAGCCGGAUCCUCGAAACUGUUCGCACGAUUUCGUGCUUCGACAUCCCCCUCUUGAUUAGAAUAAUUAAUUUUUCAUGUUCCGUACAAUUGCAGGGGAUCCUACGUCCUUUUCGUUAACAGUACCGUGGAUAAACGCGAUCGAGUUGCUAGUCUCUUCUUUCAUUAGAUUUCGCAGACCUGUUGCUGUGUAACGCGUUCACCUUUGCGAUAACAGCGUCUAUUUCGGUUCCUCUCUUCAUCCGCCAGAUCUCUGUUAACCUUUUCGUCACGUACAUUGUAUAGAGUCUGUUUCAAAAACCUUGCGCUUCGUGGAAAGGGGUGCUCUCCAGAAAAUAGUACAGUGAAAGCUGGAUAUAUGCAACAAACAUUGGGACCCAGACGUUGCAUAUAUCCAGCCGAGGUGUCGAUUCUGGGCAUUUAAACGUUGCAUGUAGCUUUUACUGUAUUUAAGUUCCUUCCUUCAAGCAUUUAGCUACAGCAACUCUGCCUUCUAAUCGAAAGGCAGCAGCCGUCUCUCGAGUGCCUUCGAUAUCCAGGAGCUUGUUGAAAAUUUAUGCGAUCCUAACACGUCGAGCUAAGCGAUAUUUGAAACUUUAAACACUUUGCAUUUUCAUCGAGGCGGAAUCGAAUCGAAUCGAAUCGAAUCGAAUCGAAUUGAAUCGGCGAAAAGUAGCAACUCGGAUUAAGCACCUCGCAGUUAAAGAACACGAAGGAUCAUCGGCUUCGAAUUUCGCGACGCGAAGCGGUAAAUGUAUCUCGAGCGAGUUUAUUCGUGAGAAUAUAGUUCGUUUGCUUACCUUUAGCCGCCUCUGCAGUUCAUCAAAGCUUGCUAUAAUAAACAGACGUCGCUCGUUCGCUUGGUCUUCCCUCGAAACUCACCCGGACGGUCGUGAAUCUUCUUUCGUAUCAAACUGAUCGAACAGAAAAUCUUCUUUGACGGUUUCUUUAAUGUUUGAUGAAAUAUUCGAUGGGUAUAUGGUUACCUCUAACGAAGCCUCAUAUGAGCAUAUUUCUCGUUAAUGGCCUUUCGAUGCUGCUCUUGGUUGUCGCUAUCGUGCCAGAAGCAACGGUCCUCGGAUCUAACCCGACGUUGAUCAUGGAGCAGGAUCUACCUUUGAAGACCUGCAGGUACAGCAAGGCGUACUCGAUGUUUCAGGUUCGUUGCAGCAACCUGGGUCUCGACGAUAUUCCAUCCACCCUGAAAACAGACAUACAAAUUUUAGACGCAUCGGUGAACAGAAUACGAAAGCUGACCAACGAUAGCUUAGCCGCGUACAAAACCCUCUCGUACCUAUACCUGGGCGAUAAUUUCAUCCAGGACAUCCACGAGGGGGCAUUCAGUAAUCUCCAGUACUUGGAAGUCUUAGACCUCUCGAAGAACGGAUGCCGCGAUCUGCCCAGGAAUCUCUUCCAGUUACCUUACCUCCGGAAGGUCUACCUCUGCGACAACAAGCUAGACGACGUAGUGUUCAGGCGCAUGGACGUAAGGUCACCUCUGACUUUCCUGCAACUCUCCAAGAACAACAUCUGCAGGAUACCUCAGCUCGGUCCUGUACCAUCGCUAGCGCACCUGAACGUCUCCGGUAACUGCAUCGCUGCAGUUUCGCCGGAGGACCUGGCGCCUUUCUGCUCCCUGAAGCUCCUCGAUCUAUCCGGCAAUCCGAUCAAGUUCGACGCGAACGAAUGCGAGUGUCUCGCGUUCAACGCGUGGUUGAACGCGCGUGGGAUUCACUCGAGUCCCGUGUUCAACUGCACGGACGAGGAGGAACGUGGUUGCUCGCCGAGGCAGGAGUUCAGCAACAAAACCUCGGAGCUCUACGAACGGUGCACGGAGAUUCUCCGAUUUCAGAUAGAAACGGAGAAGGCGAGAACCACGUGGAUAGUGGUCGCCUGUUGCAUCGCCGCGUUCCUCUUCUGUUUGUUCAUCAGCCUCCUCUGCGUGCACAAGAAGAACAAGCGGAAGAAGAGGAGGCUGAAAGAGGAACAGAGGCUGAACGCGAACAACGCCAACACCGAGCUGUUGAACAGUAAUCUGAAUCAACCUGAGAACACUUGAACUUUUGACAACGGUGCAACGUCGAAAACGGGAAAUCUGUUGUCUGCAGGUGUGUGCCGUUUCCUGUUUCGGAGCGAAUGAAUUUCUAGAAGACUGCGCGAGCUGGAUGAUUUGGUGAACGUCGAACAUCCGGUAACAGGUGGCUGAAACCGACAAGAAAUCGAUUUUACAUAAACGGGCAUCGAGAACAGAGGGUAAAAUUUGUGAUAAAACAGGUCGUAUUCUCCUUGAUUUUUAGCCUUUGUAUUUACGAAUCCACGUUAUGAAAGAUUAAGCAGUAAAAGUGAUUUCACUGCUGUGCUAUACAAAAUUUAUACGGCUCUGAUUUGAAUAAUCCAUUUAGUCGAGAACGAAACUUCCACAAAUUUUAUCCUACAUUUUCGAAACAUUUCUAAAGAAUGGUAACGUUCAGCAAGUUAUAAAAGAGCGAAAGAAUCCCUGAGCGAGUAAAUGAGAGAAAGAGAGAAGAGCGCGUGGACGAUAUCAAAUAAAAUCGCGGUUAAACCCACAAAUACUUAGGUCUAACAAAAGAUAACUCGUAUUACGAUUAUGGCACAAGUUUGUCAGCGAUUUACGUGAGGUUCAAUCGAAAACCGAUACGCAGAAUCGUUGCCCUUCGUGUUUUCAACCAGCAACCAAGCAAUGAAACCUGCGUUGUUCACGGAUACAGAAUUUCAAUAUUAGCGAAACAUGUAAACUGAUGAGAGUCGAUUCGUUUUAAUCUAAUUUCAACAUGUUUGCGGUCCAUUUGAAUUCUAUACAUUUUAUCCAAUUCCCUAAUGGAAUUAAUUUAUUUUCAAUCGAUGUACUUAACGUUACCAACAGUGUACUGGAAUGCAGCGAUUAACGAGAAGCUGAUAAAUCUGUUAACUAUAAAAUUUCAUUAAAUACUUUGAACGAAGUUACCUAAUAUUGGACUUGUACUUAGCACCGUACUGACUACAUAGCCCACCACAGCUCAUCGAGAAUGCUUUUCUCUAUCCAUGUAUUGUACAAAAUCCCCCGUCUACCUAUUUGCGUAAAUUACAGUUGCGUGUGCGUUGAUGGCUGUAUGAAAUUGUAAUAACAUGUACGAUUCUAAUUAGGUCGGGUGUAAAUGUUUGGACGAUCUUAGUUUCAAGCGUCAACCGUUUGACUGUAUGCCAUGUGACAUUCAUUUCUCUCAAUCACGUUGGUCGUUAUGCGCUUUUAUAUAUUAAAAAACUUUCAACGAAAAUGGACAGUCGAGCGGUUAAUUGCUUGCGACUGAAAGGGAAUAUAUAAAUAAAGCUACGAACAAAUAUUCCUGUUUUUACGUUAAGCGAAACUCCAUGUUGUAGAUAUAUGUAUAUUAUAUAUUAAUAUAUUAAUAUUAUUCUAUUUAUUUAUAUUUACCGAGAGAAAAAUUCUCUAUUUUCUUUUUUUUUUGCGAGACAUCCACGCGACAACGAUGUGCCAUUUGUUUUUCUUCAUUUUUAAAGAGCGUAUUACUUUAACCAGGAGUACGAAUUAAAUGUAAUCGUCGUGCUUUCCUGUAAAAGAUGCCAAAUGUUAACCCGUCGCUGAAAAACAAAGGCAAAAUUGAAAAAUAUGUCCCGUGGUGUCGGAAAAUUGAUACGCCAGUUCCUAGUAAUUGUACGAUUUCCCUUUGGUUACCUUGUUUCCGUGGGAAACACCCGUUCAAUCUUCAGCGAGUGAAAAACAUAUCUUUUUUAGUUGAUUCUCAAUGGAAAUCUUGUAUAAGUAAGACUAAAACUGAUUCAAUGUCUGCCAGUAAAUGAAGCGCGUUGUGUACUUAAACUGUACUCUUAAUACUUUUCUAUUGACUUUUCUUUAACUUUUAAUAUACGGUAAGAAUGUAACUCCGUAGGUUGUACAAAAAUGUUACCAACAAUUGGAUGAACUCUACCAAAUAAAUCUUAAAUCUAUAUACGA